ACAACGAUUGUCAAUAUUAUUUAUAUCGGCAUGGCAUGCACAUUUCGCAUGGACUAAAGAAUUAGAUUUAGCCUUUAAGUUCUUUGCUUUAAUUUGUUAAAAGAAAAAUAGGAAAACAUUGUUUUUCUCUAGCAUGCUGCGGCGGGAGAGUUCAUGUUUGAAAAAAAAUUGUAUCUACGGAGUUUUCUAAAUAUUGUUGUAACUAGUUUCGCAAAGUUUAGCAAAUAUGCAAGUAUCGGAAAUAGAUAAUGUUAAAAUCUACAACUUAAGUGUUGGAAAAUCUUUGCCAGACUGGCUGUCAGAAAGAAAGAAACGAGCCCUUUUGAAAAAAAAUGUGGAUCUCCGAAGACGUAUCGAGCUAAUCCAAGAAUUUGACAUGCCAGGCGUGAGCACGAACCUUCGUGUGUCUAAAGAUGGACAGUACAUUAUGGCAACAGGAAUUUACAAACCACGAAUAAAAUGUUUUGACGUUAAUAAUUUAUCACUGAAAUUUGAAAGAUGUCUAGAUUCUGAAGUAGUUAAAUUUGAAAUUUUGAGUGAAGAUUAUACAAAGAUUGUGUUUCUUCAAUGUGACCGUUAUAUAGAAUUCCAUGUGGGCCAUGGCAGGCACUACAGACUGAGAGUUCCACGGUUUGGUAGAGAUAUAGCAUAUCAUAGUCCUUCAUGUGACUUAUUUGUGGUUGGUGCCUCAUCGGAAGUCUACAGGUUAAAUUUAGAGAUUGGUCAAUUUCUAGCACCCUAUGUGACAAAAGCAACUGAAAUCAAUUGUUGUACAGUUAGCGAGGAUCAUGGGCUCUUGUUAUUGGGCACUGAAAGUGGUCAUGUUGAGGCAUGGGACCCCCGUGCCAAGUCACUACAAGGAACCUUAGAUUGUGCUUUGCACUGCACUGACUCAGAAUAUAAAAAUGAUGCUUUACCUGCUAUAACAGCUAUAAAAUUUGAUGGAGCCCUCAAUAUUGGAGUGGGUUCCAGCACUGGACAUGUACUGAUCUAUGACAUCAGAUCUAGUAAACCAUUAUUAGUCAAGGACCAUAUGAAUGAAAUACCUAUAAAGUCUAUUGAUUUUCACAAGAAAAUGAAUUAUGUGUAUUCCAUGGAUUCAACUAUUGUCAAAAUAUGGGAUAAGAAUACUGGGAAACAGUAUACAAGUAUUGAAUCCUCUGUGGAUUUCAAUGAUUUAUGUGUUAUACCAAAUACUGGAUUAAACAUGAUGGCAGUUGAAGAUCAAAAGAUGCAAAUUUAUUAUAUACCUUCAUUAGGUCCUGCACCAAGAUGGUGUGCAUUCUUAGAUAAUUUGACUGAUGAACUUGAAAUCACAGCUUCACAGACUAUGUAUGAUGACUACAAAUUUAUUACGAAACAGGAAUUGGAGUCACUUGGUCUUGAUCAUUUACUUGGAACAAAUCUGUUGAGGGCAUAUAUGCAUGGAUACUUUGUGGAUGUCAGACUUUAUAAGAGAGCUAAAUCGAUUGCAGAUCCAUUUGCAUUCGAACAGUAUAAAAAACGAAAGAUCAGGGAAAAAAUUGAACAGCAGAGACCAUCUCGUAUUAAAGUCGAAGACAAUCUACCGAAAGUCAAUAGAGAUUUGGCUUCUAAACUGCUGGAUAACGAAGGACGAAAGAAAAAGAAACCUACUGCGAAUUUACUUCAUGACGAUAGAUUUAAAGCAUUGUUUGAAAAUCCUGAUUUCGAGGUUGAUAAAGAAGCCGAAGAGUAUCGUCUACUUAAUCCAGUUUUAUCAAGGUUUGAUAAAAACAGGGAACCGAGAAAAGAAGCAGUGUCUAUACAGGAUACUGAACAGGCAGAAGAAAAAGAUUCGGAUAUAGAAUUAUACGAAACCAGCGACGACAGUUCGGACGAUGAACGCUCGUGGCAGAAAGAAGUGAAAAAACAACACAAACUGCUAAAGAAAAAACAUAAAGAACAGGAACCUGAUGCAGAAGAAAAGCUUUACGAGUUUAACAGUGCACCAAAACCGACCAACAUAGUUAAAAGUGUAACACGAGUUAACAAAUCCAGUCUAGGAGACAGAAUAGCCAAAGAAGGGUUUUCAACGAUAGUCUCAGGUACAGGAGGCAAUAGAGAAAUGAAAUUUUCUAUGAGAGGUAAAAAAUCAGAUAAGGAUAAUCACAAGAUGAUAAAAAAACAUUAUCAAGAAAGAAAACAGUUUGUACGUAAAACAGGAUAUUUAAUGAAAAAGAAACUGCCUAAAAUGUUAUGUCGAAAUUAUUUGACAAUGGGACUUAUCGUGGGGGGGUCGGUUGCAUUGAUAUGUGUAGAUAGAAUAGAUAUGGGCAAUAAACUGAAUAAUAUUAACUUUUUAAAUGAUCGUAUAGCUAGUGAUCUGCUGGACAGCCAUGUGCUGGGAAACGACAAACUUGUUGAGCCAGCGAUGGAAAGGUCAACGAGGUCCAGUCUCGAUGCCAACAGUGUUGAUAUCGGAGAAAUAACUGAAUCUCCAGAUACAGAGUACAUGAGUACUUCGGCAAUUUUACAUUACUGUAAAUCGAAAAUAUUGCUGCCGUACUUAAAGCUGCUAACGAUCAUGGGUUUGCGACCUGUGCUCGACGUGUCAAAUUCAUCGAGGUGUGCUGUGUGUUACUCACAUUUUCACUCUGCACAAGUAGCAGUACUUAUGUUUAUAGGAUAUGUGCUUCAAUAUAUGGCUUGCUUCAGACGCGACAGAGGUUUUUGUUACAAAUUAGUCCCCCUGGCAUUAACGUCGUCAUUAGAAUACGAUACUUACAAAGAAGUAUGUUACGGAAACGUGAUGUUUACAUACAUAGGCCCUAGUAUAUUACAUUUUGUGGGAUUCUUGUAUGCAUUAUAUUUAUUUAGAAUAUCCGAUAACGAGCAACUGCAGAAUUUAAUGGAAAGGGUUUUUCUCUUAUCAUCUUACGCACCUCAGGGAAUGCCCACCACUAAACCGAGGCGUUUAUUGCGUAUGUUGUGGUUUUUCAUAAUCCUCAGUGUGAUAUGGAUGUGUUUAUCACUCUGCUUAGUGAACUUGAUGUUGGCCAAAGGAAACAUUAUUUUUAAAUGGACAGAAUCAAGCUCCCACGAAGUCAACCUAAGUCUGAAGAUUUUGUUGAUUAUUUGUACACUUAUUCACGACAUGGUGCAAGCAACGAUAAUUACAAGCUAUUGCCUUCAGGCACAGUUGCUGCAGGCGCAUUUAAUGUUCCUUAAGGAACGCCUGCUUAAUCGAACGAUCAGUCCAUUGGAUUGGAUGAGGGCAAUAGGUGAAUUUCGGAAGUUAUUGAAAUAUUUAAAUGAUGAUUUGGCGCCUGCAGUAUGUUUGUUUACAAUAGUGAACAUAUCAUGGGCGGCGUCGGGAGUCAUGUGGCUGCUGAAUAUGGACAAAGUAGAUACCGAAACUGAACCUAUACUAGGCAUUAGUAUAUUGAAUCAGUUGCUAUGGUUAUCAGCUGCUAUAGUGCCGUUUAUUCAGGCGGCGCGUUUAUCAAAGGAAUGUCGGAAAACACAGUCCGUGGGACACGAAUUAUGCGGACGUCCAUUCUUACACCAAGAUACGUCACAAGAAGACAUCACUACUAUACUGAUGUACGCGUCCACGCUUCAACUGCACGCCAAAUUGUUUCACUAUCCCAUCGCGGGCCGAUACUUAUGCGUUGCACUCACUCUCAUAGUCAUAGGACUCUUUUCACUGGGAAUGUGUCACUAUUUACAAUAAUUGUAUUUAUAUGUUUAACAAUUAAAUUGUAAUAAUUAUAAUGAAUAAUACACUGAUUAGUUUGUGGAA